GAAUGAAAUUCUAAAUCAUACUCCAAGUCAUAUUGAAAGAUAUUAUCUAGAUUAAUAUAAUCCUAAACUAUUGUGAAUUGAGCAAAGUUGAGAUUUUCAAAAAAUUAGUUUACAUUAUAUGGAAAUAUGGUGUUGAUGUAGUACAAGUACGAUAAGUAUUAUAGAGUAUCAAUAAGGUUGAAAUAGAUGUCAAUACCUCCUAGUACCAAGCCACAACCAAGCAAAGCUAUUAAACUAUAGAUGAUGUAAUUAGAACUAUUAACAGUAGCAGUUGUCAAUCCUUACACUGAUUACGAAAUAAUUACGAAAUCAGAUAUUUUAACUUCUAUUAAUUCUAUUUCUUAAGAUUGAUUUUGAGCAUUUUUAAAUAUUGAAGGUGUUAAAUAUUUAAUUAAUAAACUGGCAUUUGAUAUAGAUCUAUCAACUUCAAAGUUAAUGGUAAAUGAAAAGUUGGUUAGAUUUUUUGCUUCGAAAUCUACAUUUGUUGUGA